CAGAGGGAAGGAGCUCAGCCCAAACGCUGGCAGAGAAGCAGCCAGCUACAGAGUCUAAGGAAGCACCCUUGCCAUUGACAGUCGCCUCCUCACCAUUAAAGUAUUUUAUAUUUGCACUCUUCCUUCGGAAAAUUUGUUCCUCUACUUUCUCCCCCACUCCUGCUUGGAUUUGAUGAAGGCUUUGUUAAAUCUCAGAGGGGAAAGAGACUGAGCGAGAGAAAGAGCGAGGCAAAGUGGAAGGGGAGUGCGCGCUGGACCCGCCCGAGCAGCCUUGGCAGUGGCUGCGAGCCCCGCGCGCUAGAGCCCCUCUCUGUGGCCAGCAGUGCGCAUACACGAGUCCACCGCGGACCAACUCGCCGAGGCCACCAUGGUCGGGAGAGUUCAGCCCGAUCGGAAACAGUUGCCGCUGGUCCUACUGAGACUGCUCUGCCUUCUUCCCACAGGACUGCCCGUUCGCAGCGUGGAUUUUAACCGAGGCACGGACAACAUCACCGUGAGACAGGGGGACACGGCCAUCCUCAGGUGUGUGGUAGAAGACAAGAACUCAAAAGUGGCCUGGUUGAACCGCUCUGGCAUCAUCUUCGCUGGACAUGACAAGUGGUCUCUGGACCCUCGGGUUGAGCUGGAGAAACGCCAUGCUCUGGAAUACAGCCUCCGAAUCCAGAAGGUGGAUGUCUACGAUGAAGGCUCCUACACAUGCUCAGUUCAGACACAGCACGAACCCAAGACCUCCCAAGUUUACUUGAUCGUGCAAGUUCCACCAAAGAUCUCCAACAUCUCCUCGGAUGUCACUGUGAAUGAGGGCAGCAAUGUAACCCUGGUCUGCAUGGCCAAUGGGCGCCCUGAACCUGUUAUCACCUGGAGACACCUUACACCACUUGGACGAGAAUUUGAAGGAGAAGAAGAAUAUCUGGAGAUCCUAGGCAUCACCAGGGAACAGUCAGGCAAAUACGAGUGCAAAGCUGCCAACGAGGUCUCCUCGGCGGAUGUCAAACAAGUCAAGGUCACUGUGAACUAUCCACCCACUAUCACGGAGUCGAAGAGCAAUGAAGCCACCACAGGACGACAAGCUUCCCUUAAAUGUGAGGCCUCAGCGGUGCCUGCACCUGACUUUGAGUGGUACCGAGAUGACACCAGGAUAAACAGUGCAAAUGGCCUUGAGAUCAAGAGCACUGAGGGCCAGUCCUCCCUGACGGUGACCAAUGUCACUGAAGAGCACUAUGGCAACUAUACCUGCGUGGCUGCCAACAAGCUAGGAGUCACCAAUGCCAGCCUAGUCCUUUUCAGACCCGGGUCGGUGAGAGGAAUCAACGGAUCCAUCAGUCUGGCCGUACCACUGUGGCUGCUGGCAGCGUCCCUGUUCUGCCUUCUCAGCAAAUGUUAAUAGAAUAAAAAUUUAAAAAUAAUUGCAAAAACACACAAAAAAUGCGUCACACAGAUACAGAGAGAGUGCAAGAUGGGGGGAGACUAUUGUUUCACAAGAUUGUGUGUUUAAAAAUGAAGGGGGGAUAUGAAAAAUGAAGAAAAUACAACACUAAAAACAGUUUUAAGAUCCUUCAAUAAAAAUCUGAGUAUAAUUUAGGGUGGGAAAACCUCUCCCAGAAUAUGUGUCUAUCUUCUAAGCAAACGACUGCUGUGUAAAGAUUCCAUCAUGCUAAGGACAUCUGAUGUUGUACAAAUGAUACUAUUCAAGGAGUACUAGAUGGAUGUUAACUCCCCCCACACUUUAUCCUUCCUUCAUCCAUUUUCAACUGUGGGGAAAAAAGAAGGUCUUGCCUUUGGUGUUUAUAUUUCCAUAAUCUUUUUAUUCUGUUUUUCAUUUGAGCUGAUGUGUAGCCAUUUUGGACUGUCAACGGAAACCUGUGUUGAGCCUUUCUCAGGCUCCCCUGCCUCGAUCAUCUCUCUAACUUUUAAGAGCAUCCCUUUCCCCUCCAGUGUGUUCUAUCCCCCAGCGCACCCAUUCCAAACACCCCCUUUUUCUCUACCCCCACCUCCCUUUGCCCCAGCAACUCAGAACACUAGUCAGGCCGCAAACGCUAGCAAGUACCAUUUUCAUCUUCUCCACUGUGCGCGUGUGCUCAAGUCUCUCGCUCUCACGUAGAUGUACAUGUGUGUGAGCGUGUAUGUGUCUUUCUCUAAAGCAUGCCAGGGGAAUGGUUCAUGUGUACAUAGACCCAUUGUGCUGUAGAUACUGUCCUGCACUGUAGUUGUGAGGUGCGGCUGUCACACGUUGCUGGGGGAGACGGGCUGGGUGGGAGGCAGGAGCAGGAUCCCUCCCCCCGUUCAC